AGCCUUCGCCUACCCUCUCCUACUCGACCAGCAUUCGGCCCUACAAGAGUCAUCUAGAUUAACCAGAACACCUCCCCCGGGUUGCUGCGCGACUAAAGCGUUAUUCACCCAGCAGACGCCCCUUGAGAGCCACAGCUCCGUUUAGUUCGGCCUUUUAUUCUUGUUCCCCCGCCACGGCUACAGCUCUUCCCACAAAUAAAGCCAAUCCCACCCAGAGGAAGAACACAGAGAUGGCGUUGCCGAAGCGCAUCAUAAAGGAGACGGAACGUCUCCUGACCGAGCCGGUUCCGGGCAUCAGUGCGGUUCCGCACGAGGACAACCUCCGAUAUUUCGAUGUCGAGAUCCACGGCCCGUCAGGUUCGCCGUACGAGGGAGGUAUCUUCAAACUCGAACUGUUCCUGACCGACGACUAUCCGAUGGUACCACCCAAGAUCCGCUUCCUCACCAAGAUAUAUCACCCCAACGUCGAUAAGCUCGGGCGGAUCUGUCUGGAUGUGUUGAAGAACAACUGGUCGCCGGCGCUUCAGAUCCGUACCAUCCUGCUCUCUAUUCAGGCACUCCUCGGCGCCCCGAACCCGGAUGACCCUCUCGCAGCCGAUGUCGCUAAGAGCUGGAAGGACGACGAAAACAAGGCCAUCGCCACCGCGAAAGAGUGGACCGCUACUUAUGCUCGCCCCCAGAAGACGUCACCAUAGUAGCCCGCGCGCUGGGAUGUACGCGCCUCCACCUCUCCCCCUCGAGUCCAGAUAGGAAGAAGCC